AUGGGUAGUGUCAUGUUGCAUGGGCAUGAGAAGGGUGGCAAGCUUGAUGCACGCGCCGUCAUGUGUGUAUGUGUCGGGGUGGACAUGGAGAGCAAGGGUUGGCGCAUGCUGGACCCUUCUCUCAUGCGCAUUCGCAUUGCUCGGAAUGUUGACUUUCUUGAGAAUGGGACGUGGAAGGAUUGGGACAAGGCCAAGGGCUUUGGGGAGCUUCUGCAGGAUGCAGCUGAGAUUUCUCAGCUCCUCCCCCUUCCACUCUCGCCACCCUCAGCAGUGGGUGAUGACGUUGAUAUGCCACUUUCAUCACCACCACCGGCACCGCUGAGUGUGUCGCUGCAGCAGCAGCCCGCCCCUCUGCAGCAGCUCAGCGGCCCCUCGGUCAUUCGUCGGAGAUCCGCUACCCAGGCUUCUUCCUCUUCCUCCUCCUCUGGUCAGCGUCCUGUCAAUCUCUCUACGAGUGCACCUACGUCACCAGCGACUACCUCCCCACCACCGGUUACGGGUUUGCAGGUGCUUGGUAUCCAGUCUGGUACAGGUGGUGAGGAGGCAGGGGGGGAUGCUGGAGUGGUUGAUGGUAUGAUGUGCUUGGCCAAGGAGGUGGAAGGUGUUGCACUAGCAGGUGCGAGCACCAGUGAUGUCCCACGCACGCUCGCUGAGGCACUGCGCAGCCCUCAGGGCCCUGCAUGGAAGGCAGGCGCUGAGAUAGAGUCCACAAGUUUCCCCUCCAUCUUUCCCUCUCAUCUCUUGCGCCCCCCAUCUUUCUUCCUCUCCAACCCUUACCUGCACGCCAGUGUUGCUGCCAACAGCGGAGGUGGAGGCCGGGAUGACAUUGGAAUAGAUGAGGCCGGGAUUGUUGCGGUACAGCUCAGCCCAGCGCAUGGCAUUCACCUUCCCAGCCCCCGUGGGUUCGUCCUCGUUCCCCGCCACCUGCAGCAGCAGGUGCUCACACGUGUCCUGUGCUGUGAGCACGCCAUAUCGCAGGUAUCGAGGCACAGUGAAGGUGAAGGUGGCGUUGCGCUUGAUGCACAGAGAGCGGCCCGCCUUGAUGAGCCCAGAGCAGUCAAGGCUGGGAUUGAGAGCUGUGAGGUUGCUGGUGGUGAGGCCCAGCUGGGUGCUGAUGGACCAGCAUGUGUCGCCCUGGAGGGUCGAACAACGGGAGUGAGGGCGGAGGUGGCCGAGGUGAAUGGAGCGUGGCUUGACUAUGAGAGCGGAGCCAAGCAAAACGGAGUGGAAAAUUCUAGAGGAAUGGUUUGA